AUGGGCGAAACAUGGCAGAAUAUCGCUGGCCGAAAGCAGAAAGAACGUGCCGAUCGUAUACCGAAAGAAUGGCGUCUAUCAUCCUCGCUACUCGAGGAAGCAGAGAACAAGACUGAUGUACGAGACCUACCACGAAAGAGCGGUCUACUCACGCAAGACGAAGUCCGCAUUACGGAGAACUACGACGCCACUGCCUUGGUCGGAGAACUUGCAACAGGUCGUCUAUCAAGCGUAGAUGUUGUUACGGCUUUUAGCAAAAGAGCAGCUAUUGCUCAACAGCUCGUCAACUGCCUAACAGAGACCUUCUUCGACAAUGCUCUAGCACGAGCGAAAGUCCUCGACGAACACCUAAAGAAGACCGGCAAGCCAAUCGGUCCCUUGCACGGUCUACCCAUCUCGCUGAAAGACACUUUCAAAGUCAAAGGCUACGACGCCUCCAUUGGCACCGGCACCUUCUGCUUCCAACCGGCCACGGAAAACUCUGCUCUCGUCGACCUCCUCCUCCAGCUAGGCGCGGUAGUAUACUGCAAAACCAACAUCCCCCUCACAAUGAUGGCCCUCGACUCCCACAACAACAUCUUCGGCCGCACCCUCAACCCAGCUAAUAUUCGUCUCACCGCCGGCGGUAGCUCGGGUGGCGAAGGUGCUCUCGUGGCUAUGCGAGGGAGUCCGCUCGGUAUCGGGACGGAUGUGGGGGGGAGUAUUAGGAUUCCGGCGAUGUGUAAUGGACUUUUUGGGGUGAAGCCGAGUCAUGGUAGGGUUCCUUAUGCGGGGCAGCAGAAUGGGACGCCGAUUGGGGCCAGUAAAUUGGGGAUCGAGAGAAGUGGCAAGGCGGAGUUGCUAGAUCCGGAUGUUUUACCGCAGACUUGGGAACAGCAGACGUCGUUGAAGUUGAGAGGAGUAUCGGAGAGGGCACAGAGGCCGUUGCGGGUUGGUAUCGUUCGCACAGACGGGCAUGUUACGCCGCUUCCUCCUAUCCAACGACUCCUGGACGAAGUAACAUCGACACUGAAGUCUCCUGCCCUGCCAUCCUGGAGUCCAAUCGAGGUCUUCAACGUCGACAUCUCAUCCUUCGGGCCACAAGUCCUCAAAGUCUUCAACGGCGUCAUGUCGAUCGAUGGUGCGAACGCCUGGUUUGACAAUAUUGAAGCUACUGGCGAGCCACUGUCGCCCUGGCUCGCCACUCGACUACGUCGGCGGUCAGCGAAACCACUAGACGAGGUGCGGAAGCUGCAGGAGCAGAAGUUGCAACUGCAGACGGGUUUCUUGGAAGUCUGGAAGGAGAGGGGCGGGUUCUGGGAUACUGCUGACAGUAAAGCCCGCAAGGGAAACAGAGAACUAGAUCUUAUCAUCUGCCCUGUGGCGCCUCAUCCAGUGCCUCUGAUCGAUACAUGGAACACAACGAAUUAUACUUCCGCCUUUAACCUCCUGGACGUUGCGGCCGGGGUCUUGCCCGUGCGAACAUUCACUGAGGCCGACACCGAAGGCGACGUGCCCGCUAGCAAGCCGCUCAAUGGGUGGGAUAAGAUCAAUCGGGAGUUAUGGGAGGGUGAUCGUAAACACUUCGUCGGUGGGGCGUUGAGUGUGCAGGUUCUGGCGCCGAGGUUGAUGGAGAGGAAGUUAGUUGAGGGUAUGGCCGUUCUGGAGAAGGCACUUGAGCCGUUGAAGCAUAAGCAUGGUAAUGCGAGAGCGAGGCUCUAA